GUGGCCGCCUGACGGCCGCCCGUCUCCCCCGCUGCGGGAGCCUCCGCUCCUGUGGGAGCCUGCGGUCGUCGCGGACCCGGCGGAGCGCGGCAGGUGGCGUGGACCUUGCGGGCUUGGCGGCGGGAGGCGCGGCGCGGAGGGACGGCGGGCGGCCCGGCCAGGGUCCUUGCGGGUCCUCGGCGGGCCCGGGGGAGGGCCCUCUUUGUGGCUGCAGUUGGCAAGAUGGCGCCGGUGGGGUUAGAGAAGAAGCUGCUGCUGGGCCCCAACGGGCCGGCGGUGGGGGCCGCCGGCGACCUGACCAGUGAAGACGAGGAGGGCCAGAGCCUAUGGUCCUCGAUCCUGAGCGAGGUGUCCACCCGCGCCAGGUCCAAGCUGCCGUCUGGCAAGAACAUCUUGGUCUUCGGUGAAGAUGGUUCUGGUAAAACAACCCUCAUGACUAAACUACAAGGAGCUGAGCAUGGCAAAAAAGGAAGAGGCCUAGAAUAUCUCUACCUCAGUGUCCAUGACGAGGACCGAGAUGAUCACACACGCUGCAAUGUGUGGAUUCUGGAUGGAGACCUGUAUCACAAAGGCCUGCUGAAGUUUGCAGUUUCUGCUGAAUCCUUGCCAGAAACCCUGGUCAUUUUUGUUGUGGACAUGUCCAGGCCUUGGACUGUAAUGGAAUCUCUACAGAAAUGGGCUAGUGUUCUACGUGAGCACAUUGAUAAAAUGAAAAUUCCACCAGAAGAAAUGAGGGAGCUGGAACGAAAGUUUGUGAAAGAUUUUCAAGACUAUAUUGAGCCUGAAGAAGGUUGUCAAGGUUCCCCACAGAGAAGAGGGCCUCUGACCUCAGGACCUGAUGAAGAAAAUGUCACUCUGCCUCUAGGUGACAACAUGCUGACUCAUAACCUGGGCAUCCCAGUGCUGGUGGUGUGCACAAAGUGUGAUGCGGUGAGUGUCCUGGAGAAGGAGCAUGAUUACAGGGACGAGCACUUUGACUUCAUCCAGUCACACUUGCGGAGGUUUUGCCUCCAGUAUGGAGCUGCCUUGAUAUACACAUCAGUGAAGGAAGAGAAAAAUCUCGAUUUGCUGUAUAAGUACAUUGUUCAUAAAACAUAUGGUUUCCACUUUGCCACACCUGCCUUAGUUGUGGAAAAGGAUGCAGUUUUUAUACCUUCAGGCUGGGACAAUGAAAAGAAAAUAGCUAUUUUACAUGAAAAUUUCACAACUGUGAAGCCAGAAGAUGCAUAUGAAGAUUUUAUUGUGAAACCUCCUGUGAGAAAGCUGGUCCAUGACAAAGAGUUGGCAGCAGAGGAUGAGCAGGUGUUCCUCAUGAAGCAGCAGUCACUCCUUGCCAAGCAGCCAGCCACGCCGACGAGAGCUUCUGAAUCCCCUGCAAGAGGACCUUCUGGCUCUCCAAGAACCCAGGGCCGGGGAGGGCCAGCCAGCGUGCCUAGUACCUCGCCAGGCACGUCAGUAAAGAAGCCGGACCCAAAUAUCAAAAAUAAUGCAGCAAGUGAAGGGGUGUUGGCCAGUUUCUUCAACAGUCUGUUAAGUAAAAAAACAGGCUCUCCUGGAAGUCCUGGUGCUGGUGGGGUGCAGAGCACAGCCAAGAAGUCAGGACAAAAGACUGUGUUGACAAAUGUUCAAGAAGAACUGGAUAGAAUGACUCGAAAACCAGACUCCAUGGUAACAAACUCUUCAACAGAAAAUGAAGCCUGAUUCUCCUUAAAAAGUGCAUAUGUAAAAUGACCAAAUAACUAUGUAUAUUGAUCUGCUGAGACAAGGAUUAUUCUGAUAUGGCACAUGCUAUCAGUUUUUUGGGGUAGGGGAUAUGAACUUAAAAAAAAUACUUCAUUGGCUUGUCUGAGUGAGAAGUGCACAUUUAGGAAGGUUAUAUGUCAGACCCCUUUGUUAAGGAUAACCUCUGGACUCUCAGGCAUGUGGCUGUCCUGUGGGAAGCAAGUGCCGCUGGGCUUCUUGUGGAAGGGAAGGUAGAUGGUGAGAAGGAGGGCCCACUUUCUUUCAGGGUGCAGCAGUGAGACCAGGAAAUUAUCGUAUGAUGGUUAGUCUGACCAGUUGCGUGCUUGUUAGCAAAUUCACUUGUUCUUGGGAAGCAGAUGAAGCAGCAGGAAGUCCAGGAAGGACAAGGACUGAAAGGAGGAAUGAGAGAAGUGAUAGUGGGGAAGCUGAAUGUUGAAGGAGGUGGAGGAAGGAGGGACUGAGCAGUGUUAGUAGUACUGUGUGUUCAAUAGAAUUCAAGUAAUCGUUUUUAAGAAGCAUUUCCAAACUCAACACUAAGUAAAAACGGGAAUUAGACUUGUUCUGAAUGCAUCUUUAACUUAGGAGGGAUGUGCUAAGUUGGGGGAUGCCUGAGUCAGGUGGAGCUGACAGGUGGGGAAGAUGGUAGCUGCCCAAGAAGCACAUGCUUGGCCCAAGCCAUGUCCUUGUGGGAGGUGCUGGGCUCCACACUUUGGGCAGACGCUCACUGGGGUGUGUUCAAAGUCAGCAGUUACAAAAUUAGUUUACUUUGAAUUGUGUUUGCUGCAUAGCUCCUGCUUUGUUUUUCAAAUUAAUUUUUUUUUUUUUU